CUGGUUGAGGGCGCAUUCACUAAACAGUGGACGGGGUUGCUAUGGGCUUCGGGUUAUGAGGGCAGAGAUUUGAUUUCUAUUGGGCCACCUUUAGUGCAAGAAUUUGAGAGUGAAGCUCGUUAAUUUUGAAUUUGCACAUUUCUACUUGAAUUCAAGCAACUUCGAAUAGCCAUGGCCCCGAAGAAAAACGCACGAGGACACAAAAUGAAAGCCUCUUCUCUCAGCCUGAUGGUUUAAUUGGACGAAGGCCACAGAACUGAAGCCAAAGCACAGCUGGCCAGUAAGAAUGGCAAGAAGCCUGAGGUAGCAGGAGGAAGCUCCUUCUUCACCUGGUUCAUGGUUCUUGCCCUCCUGGGCGUCUGGACCUCUGUGGCCGUCGUCUACUUCGACCUGGUCGACUACCAAGGCGUCAUCGCCAAUGCAAAGGACUUGCACAUUAAGCUCUCUGAGACACUGCAAGGUCAACUUUCGUCCUAUGAUGCUGAUGGAGAUGGUGACUUCGAUGUGGAGGAUGCUAAAGUACUGCUAGGGCUGAAAGAGAAGGCUACCGUCGUCAUUACCAGAGAUGCAGCACCAGAGGAGGCUCCUGCAGCACCUGUGGAAGAAGCCGCACCAGAACCCGUUGUUGAAGAAGUGAUCGAGGCCACAGAAGCAGAGGAAGUUGCUGCUCCCCUACCAGAGCCUGAGGUUGUGGAAGAACCUGAGGUGGUUGAGGAGGAAGAAGAGCCGGAGGUGGAUGAGCCUGAAAUCAUUGAGGAAGAGCCUGAGGUUCUGGAGGAGGAAGAAGAGCCUGAGGUGGAUGAGCCUGAAAUCAUUGAGGAAGAGCCUGAGGUUCUGGAGGAGGAAGAAGAGCCUGAGGUGGAUGAGCCUGAAAUCAUUGAGGAAGAGCCUGAGGUUCUGGAGGAGGAAGAAGAGCCUGAGGUGGAUGAGCCUGAAAUCAUUGAGGAAGAUCCUGUGGUUCUGGAGGGGGAGGAGGUCGCCUCAGUCAUGGAGGAGGGGGUCGCCCUAGUCGAGGAGGAGGAGGAGGUCGCCCCAGUCGAGGAGGAGGAGGUCGCCCCAGUCGAGGAGGAGGAAGAAGCCGCCCCAGUCGAGGAGGAGGAAGAAGCCGCCCCAGUCGAGGAGGAGGAAGAAGCCGCCCCAGUCGAGGAGGAGGAAGAGGCCGCCCCAGUCGAGGAGGAGGAGGAGGCCGCCCCAGUCGAGGAGGAGGAGGAGGCCGCCCCAGUCGAGGAGGAGGAGGCCGCCCCAGUCGAGGAGGAGGAGGCCGCCCCAGUCGAGGAGGAGGAGGUCGCCCCAGUCGAGGAGGAGGAAGAAGCCGCCCCAGUCGAGGAGGAGGAAGAAGCCGCCCCAGUCGAGGAGGAGGAGGCAGUCCCAGUCGAGGAGGAGGUCGCCCCAGUCGAGGAGGAGGAGGACGCCCCCAUUGAAAAGGUAGAGGAAGUCGCCCAAGUCGAGGAGGAAGACGCUGCCCCCAUUGAAAAGGUAGAGGAACCCGCCCAAGUCGAGGAGGAUGUCGCCGCCAUUGAGGAGGAAGCCGCACCAGUUGAGGAGGAAGUUGCUGAAGAGGCUGCCCCGGUUGAGGAAGUGGAUUCUCCCACAGAAGAAGCUGUUGAGGAGGAGGCCGCUGAGGAGGAAGUUGCUGCAUCAGUUGAGGAGGAAGUCGCUGUUGAGGAAGAGGCUGCACCAGUUGAGGAGGAGGCCAUGGAGGAGGCGGAAGAGGCAGAGGAGGGGCCAGCAACAGAGGAAGACCUGGUAGAAGAAACAGCAGCAGAUGAUUCAGAACAAACAGAAGAAGCAGAAUCAGAAGCUGAGUCAGAAGAAACUCAACAGGAGGAAGCUCUUCGGGAAGAGUAUGCAGAGGAAGAAGCUGAAGUAGAUGAGCUGGAGGCGUUGAUGGAAGAGCUUUCCCAGGCAGAAGAACAGAUGGAAGAUGAGCCAACAGUGAGGUCAGUAUCUUCUUUCCAUAGAAACGCAGAGCCUGCGGUCUCAGCGCGGUAAGGAUGAUUGAGGACCAGCCCACAUCGCAUCCCACUGAGCGCAUGCAGUCGCGCUUUCCCACCUCCAGAGAAUGAAAAGCGCCAUCACGGCCUUCAACACUCUCUCCUAUUUGUCCUAUUUCUCACUCGCAUACCCAGAAACUUGUUUUUCUCACAUCCAGAACUUGUUAGAUUUUUUUCAUUUACCCUAUGUAUAUUUUUUAUUUUUAUUUUAUUUUAUAAUGACAAGUAGCAAUGAAUUUCUCUUACAAAUGUAGGUAGAUAAUGGGAGGGUAGCUUUUCGCUAAUGGAAUGUAGGUUAUUUUCCAUUUCCUGUGUAUAGCAAGCAGAGGUACAUGUUGCUAGUCAAAGAACUUCACGUCUGAGCCGAGUUCAGUUUUUUGUUAAAUGUGAAGAUGCAAAGCUGCAGUUUUGUAUUACCAGUAUGUAUUGAGUCUACAUGUCAAGAUGUUGUAUAUCUAGGGCAAAGUAAUGCUGACAGGUGAACAGACGAGUCUGGUGAUGUAGGGUGAGUGUGUGAGCUUCCAUAUGUGUAUGACUGAGAAUGUUUAUAGAUGUACACUACAUGACCAAAAGUAUGUGAACACCUGCUCGUCGAACAUAUCAUUGCAAAAUCAUGGGCAUUAAUAUGGAGUUGGUCUCCCCUUUGCUGCUAUAACAGCCACCACUUCACUCUUCUGGGAAGGCUUUUCUACUAGAUAUUGGAACAUGGCUGCGGGGACAUUCUUCCAUUCAGCCACAAGAACAUUUGUGAGGUUGAGCACUGAUGUUGGGCGAUUAGGCCUGCCUCGCAGUCGGUGUUCCAAUUCAUCCAAAGGUGUUCAAUGGGGUUGAGGUCAGGGCUCUGUACAGGCCAGUCAAGUUGUUCCACACUGAUCUCGACAAACCAUUUCUAUAUGGACCUUGCUUUGUGCAUGGGGGCAUUGUCAUACUGAAACAGGAAAGGGCCUUCCCCAAACUGCUGUCACAAAGUUAAAGCACAGAAUCUGCUAGAAUUUAAUUGUAUGCUGUACCAUUAUGAUUUCCCUUCACUGGAACUAAGGAGCCUAGCCCGAACCAAUAAAAACAGCCCCAGACCAUUUUUCCUCCUCCACCAAACUUCACAGUUAGCACUAUGCAUUGGGGCAGGUAGCGUUCUCCAGGCAUCCCCUAAACCCAGAUUCAUCCUUUGGACUGCCAGAUGGUGAAGCAUGAUUCAUCACUCCAGAGAACGCGUUUCCACUGCUCCAGAGUCCAAUGGCGGUCCGCUUUACACCACUCCAGCCAAAGCUUGUCAUCGCGUAUGGUGAUCUUAGGCUUGUGUGUGGCUGCUCGGCCAUGGAAACCCAUUUCAUGAAGCUCCGGACGAACAGUUAUUGUGCUGACAGCACAUACAGUUGACUGGGGAAGCUCUAGCAGGGCAGAAAUUUGACUGACUUUUUGGAAAGGUGGCAUCCUAUGACGGUGCUACGUUUAAAGUCAUUGAGCUGCUCAGUAAGGCCAUUCUACUUCCAACGUUUGUUUAUGGAGAUUGCAUGGCUUUGUGCUCAAUUUUUAUUAACCUGCCAGCAACGGCAGUGGCUGAAAUAGCCGAAUCCACUAAUUUGAAGGGGUGUCCACAUACUUUUGUAUAUAUAGUGUAUGUUUGCGUGUGUGCAUUUUAUAGACUGUAUGUCUAUAAAACAAUCCUAUGAGCCGUAGUUCUCAUUAAGAUGCGUUUGAGACUCGUUUCAAUUUCAGUUUUGUUUGUUCCAACUCCUAGUACCUCGCUCUCACUGUUACUUCUUUAAUACUGAAAGUGUUUUUGACUUACUCAUACCUCCAGCCAGAACGGUGAACAUCUAACGGAACACAAUGAGUUAUCCCCAAGCCAGGCUUGUGUCCAUUUUUUUUACUAUUUUAUUUAUUUUGUGGUCUUUCAAAAAAAAAAAUACUGUAUUUGGGUUGGAUGUAAACUCUCCAAAUGGGAGAAAUGUUGGCAUAUGCCAUUUGUUCUGGGGAAAACAGAUUUUUACCUGGAGACGAAGGAAGGGCAUGUCUCAGGGUCUGGUAGUAACUCUUAGGUGCAGCUCAGUGUGGGCGUAGCUGUUAUGGGUUAAUGGUCUGACCCAACCCAGUCUCCUGAUAAAACAGGCUGCUGUGCCUUGUCCCAGGUCCUCCAAUAGAUCUGCUCUCCACACGCACACACGUGGUCCAACAGGAACAUGAUUAUUCGAAAUUCAUCAUUCAGUACACGUAAACUGUAAAAAAAUAUAUAUUUAAAGUCUGCGUCAGUAAUGUUCAUAAACUUUUGUUCCCUUUCUUUCUAAAUGUACAGUUCCACUUUCACUUGUCUAUUAACUGGCUCAAGCCCAGGGUAAGUGCUUCAUUUGGAACAAAGGUUUUUGAAUGUCUGUAAUUGUUGCUGAUUUAGCAGACACCCAGACCACCUCUUUUUGUCCCUCUGCAUGUGUUUCAGUGCGUGACCCCCCACACCAACUGUUCAAAGAGAAACACUGUUGUACAUCUAGAAGGGAACUUGACAGUGUAACCUGCUCACUCUGUCCUAGCGACAUCUAACUUGACUUGUGCUAGUAUUUAAUAUUGAUAUUGUCAUGGUUUGUUUUUACUACAAGGAUGAUGCUAGCUCAUGCUUUGAACUUAAGGUGAAGAAAAAGAAAAAUGAUUUUUUUUUUUUUCAAGGAAACUCAGUCGUGUGCUUAGUUUGUGUUCCUCCAACGAUGUAAUGUUUCUGUGAAUUCAGAUGAGUGCGUUUUUGUUUGACAUUUUUCCAUUGUAGAAGUUUUCUGUACAUUGUGGUAAUAAGGGGCCUGCCGGAUGAUAUAAUGGUGAUAAGGUGAUGGACUGUAGGGAAUGCUGCAAUGCAAAUCUUCUCUGAGGAAACCAAAUAACGGUUUGUUUCGAUGUACACGAAAACAAGGUUGCAAUCUAGUUCUUAGGACUUAUUUUGUCUUUUUUCUAUAACACUAGUGGGUCUUUUUCUAUUCCCUAACACUUUUGAAGUCAAUGUGAAUUUUUAACGUGGUGUUAAUUUUACAUUAUACAAAACUUUACAAGAUAGAUCUGUUCUAGAUUUUUAAAUAAAAAUACACUUUAGGAUCAGAUCUUUUUAAUUAUGAAAAUUUAAAUGAAUAAAAAGUGCUUCACUUUUUCAAAGCCAUAUGUGACAGUUGAGGCUCUUCUGCUCAGAAUGGACAUUCCACAACCAGCAGUAACCGAAAACAUCACUACAAUCUCAGUGUUUAUUUUUUAUUGCAGUUCACAUAUGAACAGGGGUUUACACACAAAAACAUGUUAUACAUAGAGGUAAACAGCUGUAUAGGCUAACAGGUUUUUAAAUGUUUGUGAAAAUGCAUUCUGUAUGCAGAGUUGGACGGCUGACACAGUUUCUAUAAAUCAGGGGUGUCGAACUCAUUCCAUGCAGGACCUAGUAUCUGCAGGUUUUAGUUUUUUUUUUUUCUUUCAAUGAGGACCUAGACACCCAGGGAGGAGCGAAAACCCGCAGACACUCAGCCCUCCGUGGAAUGAGUUUGACACGUGCUGUAAAUGUUCUGUUCGAUGGCUGCAAUAAAGGUUUGGGACAACA